GCAUCACCUCAAUCCUUAUCGGUUCUGUACCAUAUCCAUUCCUCUACCCCUCAACCAUACCUGCAGGAUCUUAUCUGCCCCUCAAGUGUUCGCUGCAUAGUUACCUAGGGUCAUACGUUCCUUGUUUGUUCUUCGUUCACUCAGCUUUGCCGUUCUCAUUACACUCUCCACUCUCUCUCCAUCAUGCCCUCGAUCGUCACCAACCCGACCAUGUCUGCCUCUAAUAGCAAACUCUCCAAGCGACGUCGCUUCCAGACACCUAUCACAAAUUUCUUCCCUUCGGUUCCAUCAGAGUCUCAAUCUGCUGAUGGCCACGCCGUUUCAAACAACCACUAUUCCGCCUCGACGUUCUCUGCAACCCCGGUGGUUCCAGCCAAGGUGCAGGCCUCACUACUGUCGGUCGGAAUGCGGGUCCGCAAAUCUGUAGCAGAUGGAUAUAAAACUCAAUUGUCACUGGAAGCCGAGAAAGCCAAAGUUGCAGUCGUUGCAACGCAAUCCCAUCUCGCUCAAUCUUAUUAUGGCAACACUCGUCACGCGGAACUCGCACCCUUUUCUGGCCUCUCCAAAUCCAUCGACGAUCCACACUCAAUCGUCACUGAUGAUGGUGAUGCCUUUUCCCUCCCCCCUAGCAGUCAGGAAUCCAUCAUAUCAACCGGCUCAUAUGCCUCCGGACUGAAUGGUCAGAAACGAUCAUUCGAUUUCGAGGAUGAUUUAUAUGCUGACGAGGAUGAGACCCGACAGAAUGCUCCUCGAGAACGAAUCAUUCUGUCUCCAAGGCGCCGUGUGCUUGCCCAGCAUUCUAGCAACCUGCCGAAGAUGGACCUAGAUGACUUUGAAGAAGCGUCUUUCCUCCGUCAACGGGAGGAAGUUGAUUCGGACUAUAUGCGAAUGGAUUGUGCCUAGCACGCUUUCAUUCGUCGCACUUGCUUUGGUCCUCAGUGGUUGCUACUGGAUGGCCCAUGAAGAGGACCUGAUUUGCUUUGCCAACACUUGCCACUGUCCCGAGUUUGGUCUUUACUUUCUUUCUCACUUGUCCUUUUCCCGAUCAAUCCUGUAUCACCACCUGCGUUUGUCAUCUUUGCUUUGUACCUAUACCCAGUUUUAUCUCAGCCUUGUUCCAUCAUUGUUUGUAUUAUUAUGUUGAAAUGAUCACCCGCCGUUCAGUUACGUGCGAAACAAUAUUUGAGCUUGUCCUUGUGUACGCCUAUCGCCGAGCCCAAUAUCAAUUACUGUCUAUAAUCUAAGUGGCUGGGAGGAAACCACACACGAGCCAUCUCGGUGCACCAAAGUGGAGCCCGCAAUUAGUACCAUGUUGAUCCAAACCCUGUUGAUCCAAACCAUGACGAUCCAAACCCUGACAGGACACACGGAUUGAUGGUCGCAGCGACAGUCCGAUGCUGCAGCCUUGCAAUGACCCUGUCUAUCUGCUCGUCAGGAACAUACUUUCUUUGUGAAAGGGCGCAAAUCUCAGGACCAACUAAAUCUCUCAAUGAGAGGCCUUUCUGCAGUGUCAGCGGAGGCCAAGCUCAAAACGGUGAGACCGAGGCUGGAUACUAAGAUAGCGCCUCCGAGGGCUGCAGAAUGUUGGGGGCCACGCUUUAAUUGUGGCCGCUGCCAAUUAUGUCUUUUGAGGUGGGCUCAUCACUCUCGUGUCCACCCAACCGAUUACUUCAGGGUCAGCUCGAAUCCGCC